AUCGUUAGGGAAAUUUUUUCAACUGCAUAUUUCCCCUUCUUUUUUCCUUACUUUUUUUUUCAUCUUUAACCUAAAAUGGAAUACUAAAAAUUCCCCAUUUUUUCCCUACUACCAAACAAGGUCAAAUUUCGAAAACUGUACUCAGUCGUUCAAUUGAAGUGACCCAGUCGCCGAUGGACUCCAGCUCUGGAGAAGAGUCAGAUCUUAGUGAGUCUGAGAUCAAUGAAUACAAAGAAAAGCCAUAUGAAGAGAUUAGGUCUGGGAAGUACAAAGUAAAGGCCUUAAAUGGUAGCUUAAGAUGCCCCUUUUGUGCUGGGAAGAAGAAACAAGACUACAAGUACAAGGAUCUGCUUCAACAUGCUUCUGGGGUGGGUAAAGGAUCUGCCAACAGAAGUGCAAAACAGAGAGCAAACCACCUGGCCUUGGCAAAAUAUUUGGAAAUUGACCUAGCCAGUGAAGCAGAUGAGACCUCCCGACCAACUGUACCACAAGCUGUGGACCAGACUCCAGAGCAAACUGAGCUUUAUGUCUGGCCAUGGAUGGGAAUAAUUAUGAACAUUGUUGCUGAGUCGAAGAAUAUAGACACAUUGCAUGAUAAAGGGUACUGGUUGAAGAGGUUUGCUAAAUAUAAACCUAUCAAUGUUCAAUGUUUCUGGAAUGAGGUAGACCUGACUGGCCAAGCCAUAGUAGUGUUCAAUAGUGAUUGGAAUGGGUUUGUCAAUGCAACUCAAUUUGAGAAAGCAUUUGAAUCUGAGCGCCACAGUAAGAAGCAUUGGAACGGGCAACAAAGUCAGCUUGGUUCCAAUAUAUAUGGCUGGUGCGCGCGUGCUGAUGACUACCAAUCCGAUGGGCCAAUAGGGGAUUAUCUUCGGAAGGUGGGUAAAUUACAAACCAUUUCUGGCAUUGUCCAAGAAGCUGCUCAAGAUAGGAAUAGCGUUGUGGCAAACUUGACAACAAAAAUUGAUUUGACGAAUGAAAAUUUAGAUGAAUUACAGUACAAAUACAAUGAGACUACUAUGUCCUUAAGCAGAAUGCUCGAAGAGAAAGACAGGCUGCACCUUGCCUUUAUUGAAGAGACAAGGAAGAUGCAAAGGCUUGCUCGAGACAAUGUUCGAAGGAUUUUGGAAGAACAGGAAAAGCUGAAUCAUGAACUGGAAACAAAGAAAAGGAAGAUCGACAACUGGACCAGGGAACUGAAUAAACGUGAGACGCUAACUGAGCGCGAAAGGCAAAAACUUGAUGAAGAGAAGAAAAAGAACAAUGAAAGAAAUAAUUCACUUCAGCUAGCUUCCAUGGAGCAGAAAAAGGCUGAUGAGAAUGUGUUAAGAUUGGUUGAAGAGCAAAAGAGGGAGAAAGAAGAGGCCCUGAAAAAGAUACUUCUGCUGGAAAAACAGCUAGAUAUAAAGCAGAAGUUGGAAAUGGAAAUCGAAGACUUGAAAGGCAAGCUGCAAGUGAUGAAACAUCUUGGACAAGAUGAUGCAGCUGUACAGAAGAAGAUGGAAGAGAUGAAUAACGAGUUGCAAGAGAAGAUUGAUGAUCUGCAAGAUCUGGAGUCAACAAACAAAGCUCUUAUAUACAAAGAGCGUCAAAGCAACGAUGAGCUACAAGAAGCAAGGAAAGUGCUAAUUCAGGGUUUGCCAGAAUUGUUGGGUAAUCGCACUAAUAUUGGAUUAAAGAGAAUGGGAGAGCUUGAUCCAAAGGCUUUUCAUGACACUUGUAAGUCACGAUUUCCUCCUGAUGAGGCGGAAAUUCAGGCCACUACUCUAUGCUCAUCAUGGCAGGAGAAUCUGAAGAAUCCAGAUUGGCAUCCAUUCAAAGUUAUAGUGGAGGGAGGGAAUCCUAAGGAAAUUCUAAAUGAAGAAGAUGAGAAACUAACAAAUCUAAAGCUGGAAUGGGGUGAAGAGAUUUAUAAUGCAGUGGUAACAGCUUUGAAAGAACUGAACGAGUAUAAUCCCAGUGGGAGAUAUGUAAUUUCUGAGCUCUGGAACUUCAAGGAAAACAGGAAAGCCACACUAAAGGAAGUCGUUGGGUAUGUUGUUAGGAACAUCAAAACAGCAAAGCGCAAGAGAACCUGAGGCAAAGGAUGCAAAUAAUCUUCAACUGUUUCGGAAUCUAACCAAAUCUACUGGGACAGUAUGCGUAUGGAGCUGAAUAUUAUUACUGGGUUUGUAAAUUUCAUUUUCAGCUACCAAAUUAAUCCUGAACUUGGGAGUUUAUUCUGUUUUAGUUUGGAACUAUCAGCGGUACCUUUUUUCUAUCCUAAUUAUAAGUGUUUGGUUCAGCUAGCUAA